GGGGUGGCUCACGCUGCUUUCAGGAAAUCAUUGUGAAAGUAAACAGUACAGACAGGAAUUGUGGUGCAGAUCGACAGUUGUUAAAACUGUUUCAGAAUGGAGAGUGUUUACGGUGCAGCUCUAUCCGGCGGUUCCUUUGAUUUCCAGAGUUUUAUUAAGAAGCCUCAAACUAUAGUUCGCCUGCUGAGCUGGCUGUUCUCCAUAGUGGUUUUUGCAACCAUUACUGCAGAGGGCUUCGUCAACCAGCAUCAGAAAGAAGACACUAAAUGCAUAUUUAAUCAAAAUGACAGUGCCUGUAGUUACGGAAAUGCUGUGGGGAUUCUAGCUUUCCUGGCAUGUGUUGCCUUCAUUAUUUUGGAUGCAUACUUUCCUCAAAUCAGCAAUGCCAAUCAGAGAAAACACAUUGUCAUCAGUGAUCUUGUUUUUUCUGGGGCAUGGACCUUCCUGUGGUUUGUAUGUUUUUGCUUCUUGGCCAAUCAAUGGUCUCAUACUGUUGAGAUUGAGGGAAUCCCACAAGAUGCCGCACGAGCAGUGAUAGCAUUUUCAUUCUUCUCUGUCAUCAGCUGGGCUUUGCUGACCUUAUUUGCCUUUAGACGAUACCAUCAAGGCAUGGAUGAGGUUGGCUACACUGAUCCUUCUCAUGACCAAACCACCCCAUACCCUAAUUACCCCAGCGCCCCAGACAAUUACCAACAGGCCCCAUUCACUCACAGCUCCACAGGCGAGGGAAGUUAUCAACCCCCAGCAUACUGAGUGCCAAAGCUUAGCUUUACAAAGGUUUGGAGGAAUUGUCAGUGAGCUUUACUUGUAUAUAUUAAUUCUACACUCCAUUGUUUAUCUGGGUCUGAACACAAAAUAGGAACAGUUACAGAAAAUCAUUUACAAUCUUUCUUAAACCACCAUAGACCAAUGUGUCUUAUGAAUAUGUGAAUUUGCCAAUUUAAUAGUUUAAUUAUGAUGUGCUCACAUUUACCAAUCAGAACAGAAUCAGGUGUUACUGUGCACAAAACUAUUUUUGAAAAAAAAAAUAUUUAUUGUAAAAGCUUAAAAAGUGAAGGAGUAUUUUAGCUUCUAAAAAAAAUCUAAAAAUGCUAAAAAAAAAAUGAUUAUGUGAUCGACUGAUGCUAAUUGCAGCUGUGUUAAACUUGCAUUAUAUACAGUUGACAGACAAACAGUAAUACAGAAUUGUCACCAUGUUUAAGUACUUAAUGCACAGACAAACAAGUUUAUGCACAUAAUAUUUUUGUAAUCUGGUGUUCAUUCAAAUUGUUUUAGGUCGAUAAAUUGAUUAAAUAGAAAAAAGGGCAAAAACUGUGUAAACUACUGCAAACCAGGGCUUUAAUGUCAGUUACAAUUAAUGUGCACUUGAAUAUGCUUUUUUGUUCUAUAUACACAUACUUUAUCUGAAAAUAAUCAACUUGAGCAGUUAAAAAAGGAGACUAUUACUGAAUGAAUUUUACAGUUUUACCACAAAAACAUAUAUUUGCGAAAAUGUGUUGUUUUAUACCAGGAAGCCAAGUGGACUUUUACCUCUGACUGUGCCUCUGAAUUGUGCUUCAAGUUUUUGAAAUUUUGCAUGGGCUUUUUGUUAUUGUUAAAAAAAAAAAAAAAAAACACCGAGCACCUCAAGAAAGGUACAGGUUUGUUACAUGUAUUAAAAUUACACACUGCUUUUCAUUAAUUACUUUGUGUACCUCUAAUUUUGCUAUUGCAACAGUUACUGAAACUACAGGCAUUGGCUGCUUACAAAUAAAGAUACGUUUCUUUAGGAUG